AGCGUGUCCUUUUUUAAAAAAAAAAAAAAAAAAAAAACCCACACGGUGUUGAUGAAUCACCAGAAGAAGAAACGAGGGUUUGCGUUUUUAUUGGGCUCUAGUAAGCUUGUCAUCAAGCACAAGCGCACUUCUGCCAAACAGGGGAAAGCCACAUUUAUUUUUUGAAUGAGAGAGAGAGAGAGAGAGAGAGAGAGAGAGGGAGAGAGAGAAGCCGUGCAGAACAGCAACCAAACAGAAUUAUCUGAACACGAGGAGAGACUAAGUACCCCCGUGGCUCGCCAGUGUUUUGGUGCUAGGGUUACCAGAGCCGGAAAGCAUGACUGCAAACGUGGAGCUGUGAUCUGUUGUAAUUUGGAGAGACACUUUGCCGUCCUAGCAGGAGCAUUUAAAGAGCUAUUAUUGAAAUAAAUACAAAGUACAACGAGGGAGGAGAAGGAUCGCGGAACGUUGCAGUUCAGUGGAUCGACAUUGAACUCGUCUCUCCCUCUCUCGUCCAGUGUGUUUCUAUGGAGCUGUGAAGACACACAGAGUACCUCUGAGCGGACGCUUUGCAGAGACAGAUUCGUGUGUAUAGACGCACGCACACGGAUAAGAAGGACUUCAUUUCUCUAAACUGGGAGAGGGACCAGGAACAGACUGCAGUGGAGAGCCUUGCAAACUCAGCUAACGUGGCUGGAUGCAUCACACAGUGGAUCAGUUUGGAGGGCGCAGCAGCAGCAGCAGCAUCACUUUCCCUCUGGAAGGCCGGGGGGGGCCAUGGGGACCCCCAGGCAGCCGAGCUUGGAUACCCCCCUCCAGGGGCCCAUCCAGCAUCGGGCAAUCACAGCUUCCCUCUCACAUGCCGGCAGGUCACAUGACCAGCCCCGCCCACCCCAGCAAGCUCUACUUUCCGCCGGGCCCCGCUCCCCCCCGGCCCCUGCUCUCUGACCGGAUUGAGCUGAUUCACGGGCUGGUCCAGUCUCUGCAGAGGGACCGUCAUCAGGCCCGUCUGUGGGAGCAGUUGGGUCAGAUCUACGAGUCUGAGCAGGAGCUGGAGGAGGCUCUGAGGUGCUACCAGAAUGGGGCGCGUUGCCACGGCUACGGCCCGGGCCACACCCACCUCGCCGCGCGGGCCAAUCAGCUGCAGAGGUACCUGAGUCCAAACCAGCACCGGCCUCGCAUUCUGCCUCCUCUGCAUGAAGUGUGGGAUCUUCUGCAGCAGCAAGCAAGAAAUUACCCAGGGAAAAACGGCUGCCAACUGAAGCGGCCAGCAGCACACGUGGACCAUUCGGUGAUCCAGCACACCCCUCACGUUCACCAUGUGGUACCUUCCACCCCUCCCAGUGAGGAGAUCCCCAGUCCGGUGAAGAGAAGGAGGAGCAUCAGCCCAGACCAGAGUAAUCGUUCCGGAAUGCCGCGCCCCCCCAUGCCAAACCUGCCCCCGACACACCCCCUCCACCACCCGGGGGCGCACUACCAGCUGCCCAAGCCGGGGGGGCUGUGGAACCCCCUGCACAAGGGGGGGUCGCCCUGGCCCCCCGAGAGGAAGAACGACUAUCAGGAGCAACAGAACCCAGUCCUGGGUGCUUACCCUUACAAGACCGCCCCUCCGUCUCCCAUCCCCCCCUCCUCCUCCUGCCCACCCCUCCCCUCUCACUUCAACAGCAACCACAUCCAGUACAGCGGCUACAGCAAUCAGCAAUACAGCAAUCUGCCCAAACCCCAGCCCCAGACUCCAGCCCCAGGCCCCCUGGUAAUGCAGGGCAGCCGCUACCCCCCCCUCCAGCAGCCAGCAGGGGAGAGCCGGCAGCACCCCAGCUACAACCAUGGAGGCCAGGCGAGAGGUGCGGGGGACCCCAGGAACGAUCCCAGAGAGACCAGUAGCAGCCAGCAGCAGGCCAGGCUCAACCUGCCCAAUGUCUCACCAGCAAACAUUACCUGUGUGCCUUACAACUCUCACCACCACCACCACCCCCCUCCUCAUCACAGCCAACAAACUCUGCUGCCUCCACCACCGACACCAGCCCGCGGCAGCUCCUCCCUCAGCGGAAUACCUCACGGCCUGGGCGCCGCCCCCUCUUCCCCCUCGACAAGUGAGAGCUGGAGAAAGCAGCAGCAAAGGAACAGCCACGCCUCCAGUGUGGCGUCAAGCCGGUACCCUGGAAAUCAGGGUCUAGAAACUCAGGGUCACAGGCGACCUUUGGAGAGGGGAGCCCCCCUGUUAGGGCAUGGGCCCCCUCACGCAGGCCGUCCCGCGAUGCCAGGGACCACCCCCGCUGCCACGGACAUCUGCCGGAGUAACCCCUACAGCGGCAGCAGCGCGGUCCAAGUCACGGCGCCCCCCACUGGCUCUCCGACUCCUGGCGUCCUGAGAUCCACGGCAGGCUGGAAGGAGCCUCUGCCGACUCCGGUCCUGAUGUCUCCGGGGCUGAGGGGAGGAAACCAGCUGCUGGGAGAUCAGGACGGAAGAGAGGUCCAGCCUCCGUUAGAGAAACGGGAGUACUUUUACAAUCGCUGUGAGCUGCCCCAGACUGCCAAUGCUACAACUACACCAACAUCCUCCUCUUGCUCCUCCUCCUCCCCCUGUAGCGUGCAGACGCCGCAGUUUGAGAAGGUGAAAAACACGACAGCCGAGACCAGCCACAAGCCGCCUCUGUCUCCUUCUCCUCCUCCUCCUGCCUCCGUGCAGCCCCCUCCCCGGGCCGCCCCCUCGCCCAGCCCUUACCGACACAAGCCUCUUCGCAGGCAGCCGCUGAGCAUUGAGGAGGUGCUGGACAAGCUGGAUGCAGAGCUGGAAGGCAGGGUCCGAGAACGGGAGAUGGAGGAGGAGGAGGAGGAGGAGAGGGAAGGAAAGCAGCCGGAGGGAGACGGAGGAGAUGAGGAGGAGGAGGUGGCGAGUCUGGAGUGCCUGCUCUCCACGCCUGCGGUCGAGGCUCGGGGGGAAGAGGACGGAAAGGCCUGUCCACGCUACGGGGAGAAAGAGCAGGGGCCUCCUUUCUGGCAGUCGGAAAAGGCCACGGCCCCCGUCAUCGUUUCCGCUCCCUCUGCUUCCGCGGCCAGGCUGGAUUUCGUCGCCAAGCGGGAGAGACAGAGUAGUGGGUCGGGCAGUCCUCCUCAUCAACUACCCCAGGCUCCAAACACCUCAAGAACUGCAUCGCCCUCACCGUCGCCCUCGCCACUGCCAUCGUCGCUCAGGCCCUCGCAGACAGCAGCCGUUUUACCCAAAGACCCGGGCACCUCAGGGGUCCUGCCUCUCUUCCCCACAGAAACGCAGGAAUACCCGACGACCAGGACAGAAGGAGGAGGAGGAGGAGGAGGGAGGAAACCCCCUGAGAAGCUCUUUGAAGAUUUCCCCAGCCGGACGGGAGACCAGGGGACGGGGGACCAGUUCGAGGAGCCCAUUCUCCCAGACGGCCUGGCAAAUAUCAUGAAGAUGCUGGACGAGUCGAUCCAGAAGGAGGACGAGUUGUACAACGGCAGCGCUGACGGCGAUCGCUACUCCCCCAUCUCCCCUCUGCCCAUGCCCCGGUCCCUGCCGGGCCUCAAGGACAACCGGCAGCCUCCUCCCUUGCUGGAGAGACCCAAACCCUCUAACGUGGAUUUCAGACUGGUGAACAAGACCCCCCCGGCCUUGAGCAGGCAGGGCUCGCUGGCGUCGCCUGCCAGGUUAUCGACUUCAUGCAGCAGGGUGUCCUCAGUCUCUGAAGAGGGGGCGAGGAGCCCUUCUUUAAAGCUGAGCCCAGGCAGCCAGCGGCAACCAACUCCCUCCUUCCCCCCGGCUCCUCUGGUCAAGGAGAGUCACGUUUACAACAGCAGCAGCUACCUUCACAACGACCUGGCCAAGCUUUACGGCUUCCCCGAGCGGAAACGAGAGGAAUCUGCGAGCGGAAUUGAGGAGGAGGAGGAGGAGGAGGAGGAGGAAGAUGAUGAAGAUAACAAGCUACUGCACUCUCCAGCCAAGCUGCUGCAAGCUCCUCCUCGGCAGCAGCAGCAGACAGGCGUGGGGAACAUGUUCAAAUCCCUCGCCUCGGUCCUGGAGAGCCAGAAGUAUUCCUACAGGGGAGGGCCUUUUGGAAGGCCCCCCCCUGGCGGUGCUGGAAAUCGGGGUUCUUCCUUCAAGUACGCCCCCCCUCCUGCACCGCUGCGGUUCUCGUCGGACAAGCCGGCCCGGGAAGACGAGGAGCCGUGGGGCAGGGGGGGAACCACGACCCAAACCCGCCAGGAGGAGGAGGAGGAGGAGGAUGGGAAAGCCGGGGUUAGGGGUCUGGAGAAGGCAGCCAGGACUUCCAAAGUGAAGGAGGAGGCGAAGCAGCAGCCGGCGAUCCUGUCUGAGGCGUCCAUGUCCGAGCUGAGCCGGAGCUGUGAGGUCCUUCUGACCCGGCACGCCAUUCCCGCCGGGAGCUGCCGGGUCAAGCCCGGGAAGGAUCACAGGAAGACGGAGAGGGCAGAGAAGGGCUGCAAAAGCGAGAGGAGGGAGAGGAAAGACCGUAGAGAGCACAAGAGGCACAGGAAGAGGGAUUCUUCACCGACAUCCAACACCUCUUCAUCAUCUUCAUCUUCUUCUGUUCGGAGCGGAACUGGCAGCAGCAGCAGCUCAAGCAGGCGACACAAAGACAAGGAAGGCAAGUCGCACAAGGAGAAGAGCAGGCGAGUGCUGGGCAAUCUGGACAUGCAGAGAAAGGGCAGUCAAGCCAGGGAGAAGGGGAAGGGCGACUGCGCUGGAGUCGGCGCCGAGCCCAGGAUGAAGGUGGCGGGCGGCGGGGAAGUGGCCUCUCCCGGCGGGAGCAGGGAGGUGGGGGGCGGCGGGGGGGCCCUGGGUCCUGCGGACUUCCUGAAGCUCAAGGGCCUCUCGGACGAGCCCCCCAAGGAGCUGAAGAUCCGCCUGAUCAAAGUGGAGAGCGGCGAGCGGGAGAGGUUCAUCGCCUCCGAGGUGGAGGAGAAGAAGAGCGUCCCGCUGUCCCAGAUCACCAUCAGCAACACGGCCAGCGAGGUCGUCCGAGCCUGCAGGAAUGCGAAAAUCAAAGGGAGGUUUCGAGAGUCUUAUCUCUUGCCUGCGUUUUCUGUGAAGCCUGUGAUGGGAAAUUCGGGCAGCCCCCAGGAGAGACUGAACCCUCCCACCCCCAGUAUCUACCUGGAGAGCAAGCGGGACGGAUUCUCCCCAGUGCUCCAGCAGUUCUGCACGGACCCCAAAAACCCCAUCACUGUCAUUAGGGGGCUGGCUGGAUCCCUGCGCCUCAACCUGGGCCUCUUCUCCACCAAGUCCCUGGUGGAGGCGAACGGCGAUCUCUCUGUGGAGGUGCGGACGCAGGUCCAGCAGCCUUCCGACGAGAACUGGGAGCCGACUGGAGGCAGGCAGACCUGGCCGUGCGAGAGCAGCCGUUCUCACACCACCAUUGCCAAGUACGCCCAGUACCAAGCCUCCUCCUUCCAGGAGAGCCUGCAGGAGGAGAAGGGAAGUGAUGAAGAGGAGGAUGAAGAAGAGACCCCUGUCGCCUCUGAGCCCCCCAGCAACAGUGCUGCGGAUCAGAAACCAGUGGGAAAGAUUAUCAAAUUCGGGACAAACAUUGACCUGUCAGACGCCAAGCGGUGGAAGGCUCAGCUGCAGGAGCUGUUCAAGCUGCCCGCUUUCAUGCGCGUCUCGUCCAGUGGGAACAUGCUGAGCCACGUGGGGCACACCAUCCUGGGCAUGAACACAGUGCAGCUCUACAUGAAGGUCCCGGGCAGCCGCACCCCAGGCCACCAGGAGAACAACAACUUCUGCUCCGUGAACAUCAACAUUGGCCCCGGGGACUGCGAGUGGUUUGCGGUUCACGACAGCUACUGGGAAGCGAUCAGCGAUUUCUGUGAGAGUCACGGAGUGGACUACCUGACAGGGUCCUGGUGGCCCGUGCUGGAGGACCUGUACAGGGCUAACAUACCUGUGUACAGGUUCAUCCAGCGGCCGGGGGACCUGGUGUGGAUCAACGCUGGCACAGUGCACUGGGUGCAGGCUGUGGGCUGGUGCAACAACAUCGCCUGGAACGUGGGGCCCCUCACCUCGUACCAGUACCAGCUGGCUCUGGAGCGCUAUGAGUGGAACGAGGUGAAGAAGGUGAAGUCCAUCGUGCCCAUGAUCCACGUGUCCUGGAACAUCGCCCGCACGGUCAAGGUGUCCGACCCCGACGUUUACAAGAUGAUCAAGCACUGCAUGCUGCAGUCCAUCAAGCACUCGCAGAUCCUGAGGGCCCAGCUGGUCCAGGAAGGAAAGAAGAUCUCAUAUCAGAGCCGUGUGAAGGAUGAGCCUGCUUACUACUGCAACGAGUGUGAUGUGGAGGUGUACAAUCUGCUGUUCGUGACGAGUGACAGUGGCAGCCGCAAGACCUACGUGGUGCACUGUGAGGACUGCGCCCGCCGGAGGAGCGCCACGCUGCACAACGUGGUCGUGCUGGAGCAGUACAGGACUGAGGAGCUCAUGCAGACCUACGACAGCUUCACUCUGGUGAGACCAGGCACUUUCAAACCAGUUAUAACCCUCAGCUUGCGUCCUUAUUUCAGCCUGCAGUUCCAGUGCGUUCAGUUCCAGUGACGCAGCAGUAAUUGCAUUGAUAAUAAGGUAUUAACGGGUACAUACUAGAGAACGUUUCUCAAACAAAACGGGGGGAGAGUCACUGAGAGUGAUUGAAAAUCCGAGAACGUUCUCUCAGUGUAAAACACAACAUGGCGCUGUGAGCGACUCAGCCUGGAAAGGGGAGGCGACUGGAAUUGAACAAUUAUACAGCAAUUACACAGAUGUGCCCAGGAUCAAUUACAAUUACAUUGUGAUUGCAGCUAAUUAUAACUGACACAAUGAAACUGUGCAAACAUCCAUUUUUGAUCUCUAACCCUAUUUUUUCUUUUUUCAGGCAACAGCACCAAACGUGACCUGAAAAGUCUCUCCGGUGUCUAAAGCCAUAACCAAAACACAGAGCUCCUGACAGCAAGCCUUUGUUCUAUUUAUAUAUUUAAAUUUGUAUUUUUCUUUUUGUUAUUUAUUUGCUUGGUUUUUGUUUUUUACACAUUAGCCAAUCAACCAGUUUACUCAACUUCGUUAAUGGUGCUACGUCAGCCAAUCAACAUUCUGUUUACUCUUGUUAGCCCCGCCUACUGAGUGCUGAUUGGACAUCCUGAGAGGAGGGGG